AUGUUUAAAGCCAUGCUCGAAUCACAAUCUUAUGAGAGUGUGCACUCCCCAAGGAAUUCGUUAGCAAGGACUCCUCCGGGUAUAGUACGACCUCAACCAGUCGAUAAAACAUCCAUGCGUGAUUCGGAUAUGGAAAUGAAUCGUAGCUCGCAGACCUCAGCCAAUGAGAGCGAAUCAGGUCUAAAACGUAAACGGCAGAAUCAGUCAAUGAUAGAAGUCGAGGAUAAUAAGGAUGACAAAAACGUAAACUCGCCUCCGUCCGGAGACACAUCCCUAAAGAAGAAGAAAAAACGCAAAACUAACUCUAGAAAGACGUCAACUUCUGACGAAUACUCGGAAUUAUCCGAAAUAGAGGAUAAUAAGACUAGCAGUGAAGGCCACAUUCUUCAAAAAGAACCUACCUCUGCUCUUGCAGUUUCUCUAUUAGAAUGUGUAAAGGAGAUAGAAAAGGUAAGACUGACAUCAGGUAAUCUGAAGGGAUCUUACCAGAAAAUACUUAAACUAACAGAGGGUACUAUAAAAUCAGUAUGUACAGAAAUGGCGAAUAGAAUUGUAAAUAGUCCAACAAAAGAAAUACAAGCUCUAGAGAAAGAAAACUAUCAACUUAAAAAACAGAUACAUGAUCUUCAAAAAAGAAUUGGAGUAAUGGAAAAAGCUAAUCCGAAACCGGUUGCUGAUGAAAACAUUCAUACUACUACAACAAACUCACAUUUGACGACGAAUAAGGUUAUAUCUGAUCAACUUUUCCCCUAUAUUUCGAAAGAAAUAGCGAACUUAGGAAAUUCCCUAAAGGAAACUAUGCAGAAUAAAAUAACCAACUUAAAAGAAGAGCUUUUCAAUGCAAUGAUCACAUCGAGCAAUGCGAAGACCGAGCUAUCUCUAGCCAAAGAUCGCAGUGCAUCAAAGGAUUACGUUAUACCAAUACAUCCGACCACAUCAAAAGUGGACAAUAUUAAUCGUCCCGCGAUUGCUAACAAUCCACCGAAGAGAUUUCAGACUAAAAACCUAGAUAAACCUAAUGGGAGUGCUAGAAAAAAGAAACCUGCAAAAGGUCUCUCACUUGUAAAUACAGAUACAGGCUUUACAACCCCUGUCCCUAAUAACAUCGUUCCGCCUACUACGGUAAAACGUAAAACACAAAGGACUAGAAACUCGGCUGCGGUCGUAAUAAAUAAACAAGAGGACUGUACAUUAGGCUAUGACGAGAUAAUCAAAGAAGGGAAGUUAAAAAUUAAUAUCAGUGAAUUAGGUAUAACUGAUAUACGACCGCGUUAUUCAAUGACAGGAGGGAUGAUCCUGGAAAUACCAGGUAACGAAGCAGACGACAAAGCUACAUCUUUGGCUGAAAAAAUGAAUACUCUUUUUACUGGAAAAGGAGUCAGAAUAUCCUGCCCUAGAAAGAUGAAAGAGAUAAUCAUUAGUGGCUUAGAUGUAUCGGUUAACACUGAAGAAAUAACUGAUGCUAUUUCCAGCGUUACCAACAGUAAGGAAGAUAUUAGGAUUGGAAAAAUCCAUAAAAAUAAUAGAGGUGCUGCCACCGUAUGGGUUAAAUGCUCUGAAAAAAUAGCAGUCAAACUCAUAAACAUGGGAAGGAUUAGCAUUGGCUGGUCAAAGGCCAAAGUAAUCGAGACAGAAAAACGCCCGAUACAAUGUUAUCGGUGCUGGGAGUUUGGUCACGUGAGAGAUAACUGUAAUAAUAAAGAUAAAACAGACCGAUCAACCUGGUGCUACAUAUGUGGAGCAAGCAAUCACUCAAUACAAGCGUGCCAAGCUCCUUCACCUGAGUGCUGUCUAUGCAAAGAAAGAGGUUUUCCAGCCAACUACCGCAUGGGAAACAAAUUAUGCAAGACAGUAGAAAUAUACAAAAAUAAACAACUAAAAGGAAAAGAAAAGGAAAUUCCGGAUAGAAGAACUAACAUACGGACCCAAAAAGAGUCGCGUGUCGAAAGCGCCACGAAAUCACGAAAAACAACUGGGGAUCAGCCCUCGGCAAACGAAGUGGUAGUAGGAAGCGGAGAUCCUACGGUCGAUAAAAUCGACACAGAAAUUGAGAUAGAAUAA